UGUGAGGCGGUGCGCGCGUGAGUGUUACUGCAAGCGUUGCUUCGGUUGUCGCUGGUUGCUCUGCUGUUGCUCGUGUCGUUGUUCCUGUUAUAAGGAAGAACAAUGAUCGCCGUUCUGCUGCUCGCUGUAUCCUUUGGAAUUCAUCAGAUAAGAGCUGAUUGUAAAAAUUGCGUGGUGCUCGGUAAAGCUGAGAAGGCAAUGUUCCGUGCGCAUUCCGAGGCUUGCCUCGCACAGUCCCAAGUUGAGCCCAAGCUUGUGGACGGAUUGCUUCGUGGCGAACUCGUCGAGGAUCCUCGCUUAAAGAGACACGUGUACUGCGUGUUGCUCAAGUGCAAGAUGAUCAGUAAGGACGGCAAGCUGCAGAAGGCGGCGGUGCUGGGGAAGUUAGCGACGCGCGGAGAGGGGAAGAAUGUCACAAAGGUUCUGGAAAAUUGUGCGAACCAGCAAGGAGAGAGUCCAGAGGAUCUCGCUUGGAAUAUAUUUCGUUGUGGGUAUGAUAAGAAGGCGGUCCUUUUUGACUACAUGCCUGCAGCAUCAAGCGGCACCGAAGACAAUGACACUAAGUAGUUUAACUAUGCGUCAAUAGAUGGCGCUAAUAAAAAUAUAUGUAAACUUUACAGUGUAUUUAAUUAUAUGAAAAAUUAU